UACUUCUAACUGUAGUUGCUCUAUUGAGUUUGGCGCUGCUACUCCUUUGGCUCUUCGUUUCUCCCCUGUCACUACUACUGCUGCUGCUGCUGCUACACUAUCUUAACUCAACUGUCCACCAAAAUGUCUGCCAAGAACGAGUUCCUUUGCAUCCUCCCGGACAAGCCCGACGCAUUGGCCAGAAGACUGGAAGUGCGCGCACAACAUCUUGCAAAUGUCACCCCUCUUGUUGAGUCCGGAAAGGUUGUCCUGGGCGGAGCCAUGCUCGACCAGCACCCGAAACCAGACGACUCCGUCUCCUUCAAGGGCAGUGUUAUGAUAUACGUCGCAGAGAGCAAGGAGGAGGUCGAGGAGUUGGUGAAGAAUGAUAUCUACACCAAGUCUGAUGUAUGGGACCUAGAGAAGGCUCAAAUCAUUCCGUUCAAGUCUGCUGCUCGCUUGGCUUUGUAGAUCUCUUCCCCAUAGUUGACGAAUGCAAUGACAUCGUGGAUCUCGUGACAA